GCGGGGCGGGAGCGGGAGCGGGAGCGGGGCCAUGGGGGACCGGGACCACAACAAGAAGCGCCUCCUCGACCUGGUGCAGGCGGCGGGCAGCGCCAACGGCCUCUGCGCCGACUGCGGGGCCCCCGAUCCCGACUGGGCCUCUUAUAAACUGGGAAUCUUCAUCUGCCUGAACUGUUCGGGGGUCCACCGCAACUUCCCCGAGAUCAGCAGAGUCAAAUCUGUUCGCUUGGACUACUGGGACAAUGACCUCGUAGAGUUUAUGACGCGAAAUGGAAAUAGCUGUUCCAAGAUGAAGUAUGAAGCGAAAGUUCCCACUUUUUAUUACGUCCCCCAGGCCGAGGACUGCAUGGUCUUAAAAGAACAGUGGAUCCGAGCUAAAUACGAGAGGCAGGAGUUCACGGCCGGCAGCCUCACGUGGACGGACUCAUCCUCAGGAACCCGGGAAGGACUCCUCUGGAAGAGAGGGAAAGAUAAUGGGCAGUUCCUGCAAAGGAGAUUUGUGCUGCUGAAAGGAGAGGGUGUGCUGAUGUACUACACCAAGGAAAAUGGUAAAGGCCCCAAAGCCUCCAUCCCCAUAGCGAACUUGAAUGCCAUGUUCCAGACACAGAAGAUAGGACACCCUCAUGGACUUCAGGUUACUUACAAGAAAGACGGUCACACCCGGAACUUGUUCGUGUACCAUGAGAGUGGAAAGGAGAUCGUCGACUGGUUCAAUGCUCUGCGGGCAGCCCGUUGGCAUUACUUAAAAGAAGCCUUUCCCCGGGUCCCGGAGUCUGAGCUCCUGCCCCUCAUCACGAGGAGUUACCUCAAAGAGGGCUACAUGGAGAAAACCGGACCCAAGCAGAGGGAACCUUUCAAGAAAAGGUGGUUUGCCCUGGAUUCACAGGAGAGAAAUCUGUUCUACUACAAGAAGCCACUGGAUGCAUAUGAGCAGGGCCAAGUGUUCCUCGGCAGCAAAGAGCAGGGCUAUGAUAUCCAAGACGACUUGCCCAAGGGAAUGAAGGGGAACAAGGGGAAAGUGGGCAUCACCAUCAUCACCCCAGAGAGACGAUUCGUGUUCACCUGCACCAAUGACAAGGAACAGAAGGAGUGGCUGGAGAAGCUUCAGGAGGUCCUUUCCCGCCCUCUGGGCCCUACAGACCAUCCACAGACCCCUGGCUGAGACUGCUCGGACUUUCCUAGCCCUGGGCUUGGGACCCGGCCCCUCGCUCCCCCCACCCGCCCUUAUCCCAACAGGAAGGCUUAGUCUCUUUCUCGUGAGAAAAAAUCUCAAAGAUGCUGCUCUGUUAGUGUAGUUGGGACAGCCGCCCACCAGACUGCUCCGGGGACCUUUCCCCCUACUCCGAGCCCACAGGAAAGGGAAGCUAUAUUUAGCUCGGCUCCUUGUCUCUUCCCCGCAGCCGCUUCCCCACCCAGACUCAAGGGCUGCCCUGUCUCCCCAGGGGAGGUCCCAUCCCAGGAGGGCAAGAGGACCCAGCGUGAUGGUUGCCCCCUCUCCCCACCCCCAGUUCCACAGAUCCUGGCAAGGUUCAGAUUUCAGGGCCAACCCCGCUGGAAUCAGUCCAUGCCAGGGCCAGCCGAUCGUCCAGUCUGGUCACUUCGGUCCCUUAUCGCAGCCGGCCUGACUUAUGGGCGGGGGAGGGUUUGUGGAGCCAUUCACAGGCACGACUACUGGGCACAGCUGGAAUUUAAUAGUCCUGGGGGGCAGGCAUGCUCUUCCUUAUGUUUGGAACAGAGGUGCAACCUCUUCACUCUGAAGAUAGGAGCAGGGAUUUUCUGGGGACGGGCUCCAAACAGCAAACAGGCCAGAAAAUCCCCACCCUGGGCCUCUCAGUCCUGACUGGAAACCCUCAGGUUGGGUCAGAGACCUGGCUAGAGGGAAACCGCAAGUUCAGAGGGUCAGCGACUGGAGAGACAGGAAUCACGUGUGACUGUCUAUGAUUCUUCUCUCUUUGGCUCUGAUUAGACUCCUUAAAGUCUGGGAGAAUGGCCGAAGAAAGCUGCCUGCUGUAACGUGGAAUUAAUGUCUCAUUCCCUCCCUAGCAGCCACCAGCUGGAUACAGCUGUGAGGCGGAUAUGCUUGGCAGUCACUGUUUCUAACUUGGGUCUCUCACCCCCCCUCCCCGCCCCCAAGUCUCUUCUCCCUGGGCAAGAGAUUCUCUGGCACUUCCUGGCCCUGUGCGAUUUUAUGGGUGUGAGCAGGGGCUGAGUUAGAGCGGGUUGGUGGCUCUGGCAUCUGAUGACUGGAACCGUAGCUUCCGGCCUCUCUCUUUCCUGCAACUGCCUAUUAACCCUCCUAGAAGCUUCAGGGCCCAGCAGCGGAAGGAAUUUCAUUUUAUCUGAAAUGGGCAAAUUACAGGGGAAGGGGUUCCUCCCCCUGGAAUGAUGAAAAAAAACCCCAAACUAUGGACUUCUUUUCUAUAGAAGACCAUGCUGUUCUAAGAAAAAGUCUGUCUCUUCAGUAAAUAAAUAAAUUCUUUAGAACUACAUUCCUCGACCUCUGCAGCUUCCUGGAAAAAAAAUCUCAGGAGACACAAAAUAUGUUGAGAAUUUCUCUCUGCUUGGUCAUUCCAUAUCCCCUCUGUUUAUGCUACAUAGUAAGUGCUUAAUAAACAUAGGACUAGUUAC